CACAUGCUCAUGAGUCCGAACCGGGCAGUGGGGUGGGGCAUCGUCCUCACCCUUUUGCUCAACAUCGUAGGCGUGGCUCUGGGCUUGCGCUGGCUCUAUGCUGCUAGUCCAUCGAGCAACAACUCAUCGUCCAACGGCUACGCCGCUUCACGCGCAACGUACACCAGGGCCAACAAGUGGUUGGUGAUCACCAUGAUGGUCAUCGUCACCGCGGACACCGUUCAGCUCAGCAUCUUGUUGGAUCGCCUGUUCGUGACGACUGUGCCCUUUGAUCAUCAUGGCAUGCCGUAA